GUAUAUUGAAUUUCUUCCCUCUUUUUCAAAUCAUACGUAGUCUAUAUGACUAAAUCAUUGUUGAAGAAACGAAAACAACAUCUUAAUAUCUAAUUUGCUACUGGUACUGAAUAAGACUCAAUGAUUAGUGAUGAAAAGAGAUACCGAUUUUCUUCUCCAAUAAACCUUCAAGAUUUUGAAGGUAAAGAAGUUGUUCAAGAUUACAGCUUAUCAAAGAAAGAUUAUUGUACAAAAAGAGGCUAUGAAUCAGUUACAAAUUUAGUUGAAGGUAAAUCAAGUCAUGAAAAUCUUCAUCUACAAUUGAAUGAUGCAAAAUCACAAGUUGAACGUUUCAGAGCAGAAUUCCUUCGACUAAGCAAAGAACGAAUAGAUGAACAGUGUAAACUAGCCAAAGUAGUUGAACUUCUUCGUACUCAACUUGAAAUAGUUUCACAAGAAAGAGAUCAAGUAAUUACUAAAACAAACAUGGAAUCAAAACAGACUUGUGAACAAUUUGAACAUUUAAAAAAUUGUGUAAAUCAGCUACUAGAAACGAAUACAGAACAAGAAACACUCAUGUCUGAAAUGAGUGAACGUCUUGAUGUAUCGAACAAAGAAAUUGGUAAUUAUAAAUCAGUUUUAGAACGUAUCAAUUCAACUAUUCAAAGAUUUGAUGCCAGUAAUCAAUUACCUGAUAUAACAGACUGUAAAGGAUACAAUGUCACUGAAUCUUCAUACAAUCGUCUUGAUACAUUGUUAAAAACAUUUGAAGAGAGAGAAUAUGUACAAAAUAUUGAAAUUGAAAAAUUAAAAACUAAAGUAGACGUUUUACGAAGUCAACAUGAAAUGGAAAUCUCCAGAAUUGAAGAGAAACAUGAAUCAGCUCUACGUAAACAAUGUGAACAACUUCAAGAUCAAUUGAAUAUUACAGUUGUUCGCGCUGAAAAAGCCACUUUGGAAGCAAAAUCUUUAACUACAGAACUGAUAAAUACUAAAUCAAAUUAUGAAAAAGAAAUAGGUGAAAAACGUGAAAGAAUCGAAGAAUUAGAAAAAGAAUUGAAUAAUUUAUCAAUAAAACAAAAUAGUUCAGACGUAAACAGUAGAAAAGCACCGGAAUCUGUGUUAGAUACAACACAAAAGGAAUUAAUUAAAAUGAAAUAUGAACGAGACUUAGCAACUAGUCAAUUAUCAUCUUUAUGUGCGAAAUUAGAAGCUAAAGAAUCUUAUAUUACAGAAUUAGAUCAACGUUUAAGUAAACAAAUAACUGUUAAUCAAACUAUACGAAACCAAUUGGAUGAAACAAAUAAGUUGAAUACACAUUUACAAUCUUCUAUGAAGUCAGUAGAAAUUAUAAUGCAAAGAUUACAGUGUACAAUUGUCAAUGAUUUGAAUUUAAAUACUGAUUGGAAUUGGGGAACAAUGAUUAAAGUAGAUCAGUUGACUGAAUUCACUAAUCAUGUUAUCAAAUUGAUUAGUGAACUAUAUAUGAAGUCAGUAAUGAAUAAAGAGAGUAGAUCACAAACAAAACGAUUACGUAGACAAGUUGAAGAAUUGAAUAUUGAAUUGGAUAAAUUUAAAUCCACUAUAAAGUAUAAUCAACGUUCUCUUAUGGAAUGUAAAAAAUCACUUGCUGUAAAAAUCAAUGAGUUGGAGACUGUUAUUUCAGAGAGAGAUUAUUAUCUACAGAUAAUUAAUGAACAAACGGAAGAAUUAUCUACAGUCAAGGCAGACUGUCAACAUCAAAUAAGAGAGCUUACAGAACAAAUAAAAUUAUUAAAAACACAAUCAUUUUGUCAAGGAAAAUGUUCACAAUUGAAAUCAAGAAAAGGAACUAGCACUGAAAGAUACAACACUUAUACAAAGAUAUUAAAGAAACCUAUAACAGCAGGUUCACUACUAUCAGAUCAGAGAUUAGCUUCAGUUGAAUAUGAAAAACAAGCAAGUGAGAAUGCGAUCGAUGAAAUGAAAAAGCAGAUGAAUGAAACGAAAUCAAAAUGUGGAAAAAUCCAAGGUAGACAAGAAAAUCAUGAUUUUUCUAUUGGAAAUAGAACUGAUGAAAAAUUAAAUGAUUUCAAAGAAAAACUUAAUGAAGGUUUACUUCACACAAAUACUUCAAACAGUACAACGUAUACAAGUACAGUUAUGAAACUACAACGACGUUUAGCUGAUUUAGAGAUGAAUAUGUACAAGGCAGGUGAGGAGAAAGAAUGUCUACGUAAUAGAAAUGAACAGUUGACUGAUCUACUCCGAAGGAUGACAGAGCAAAAUCAUCGUCUUACAAAGGAACUUGAUAAUCGUGUAAUGGAAUGUGGAGUAUUAUUGAAAUCAAAAAAUUAUCCAUUUCAUAGAAUAAUGAAUGAAAUCUCAUCUAAAAAUUAUCAUAAUACUAAUUUCUUAUCAUUUGAAAAAAUUAAAAUGAAUCAUAAUAGUAAAGUUUGGAAUAAUAAUGAUAAAAUAAAAACUGAAAAACAUUAUAUCAAUAGUUUUAAUGAAGGGAAUGACUUAAAAGAAGUAUUAUUUAAAAGGUCAUUUGAUGAUGGUGAUUAUCCGAAUUCAACGAAUCAAGAAGUUGAAAUAACUUCUCCAAAUCAAUCAAAUCAUAUGAAAGGAUUUUAUUUCUCAUCUGAGCAGACUGUAGAAACUUUGAAGUCGGAUACAGUGAGAACAUUUUCACCAGUUAAUGAUAAUGCUAACGAGAUAACUGGUAAAUCUAAUCUAUCAUCAAAUGAAUUAGAUUUACAGAAAAAUAAGGAAGAAUUGAAUAAUGUUGAUUACUCUGAAAAUUAUAAAGAUGGUGUAUAUCUCCAAGAAGUGAAAGAUAUGAAGUCGCAGAGUAAACUAUCAACUCCAUUAUUUCCUAAUAUUGAUGUAUACAUUACAGCAAAUAAUUAUAAACAAUUUUUAAAUUUUAAUUAUCAUACUACUACUACUACUACUACUAAUGAUGAUGAUGAUGGUGACGAUGAUAACAUUUUAAAAAAUGAUACCCAGGAUAAUAGUCAAAUGAAUAUUAUUCAAUAAACAGUAAAUAUAUUUAAGUAUCAUU